GCCGCCUUGAUGAGCCCGCCGCCCGCCACCACCCUGGAGACCACCUCGUCGUCGUCAUCUUCAUCCUCUGCCUCCUGUGCCUCGUCCUCUUCCAACUCGGUCAGCGCUUCGGCGGGUGCCUGCAAGAGUGCGGCGGGUGGCGGCGGCGGCGGCGCGGGCUCCGGGAGCGGGGGCACCAAGAAGGCGACCUCGGGGUUGCGGCGGCCCGAGAAGCCGCCCUACUCGUACAUCGCGCUCAUCGUCAUGGCCAUCCAGAGCUCGCCCAGCAAGCGACUGACGCUCAGCGAGAUCUACCAGUUCCUGCAAGCGCGCUUUCCCUUCUUCCGUGGCGCCUACCAGGGCUGGAAGAACUCCGUGCGCCACAACCUCUCGCUCAACGAGUGCUUCAUCAAGCUACCCAAGGGCCUCGGGCGGCCCGGGAAGGGCCACUACUGGACCAUCGACCCGGCCAGUGAGUUCAUGUUCGAGGAGGGCUCGUUCCGCCGGCGGCCCCGCGGCUUCAGGCGGAAGUGCCAGGCGCUCAAGCCCAUGUACCAUCGCGUGGUGAGCGGCUUGGGCUUCGGGGCCUCGCUGCUGCCCCAGGGUUUCGACUUCCAAGCGCCUCCUUCGGCGCCUCUGGGUUGCCACGGCCAGGGCGGCUAUGGUGGCCUCGACAUGAUGCCCGCAGGCUAUGAUACAGGCGCGGGUGCUCCGGGCCACGCGCAUCCACAUCACCUCCACCACCACCACGUCCCCCACAUGUCGCCCAACCCGGGCUCCACCUAUAUGGCCAGCUGUCCGGUGCCCGCAGGUCCUGCGGGCGUCGGUGCAGGAGCGGGUGGCAGCGGUGGUGGCGGUGACUAUGGGCCGGACAGCAGCAGCAGCCCAGUGCCCUCAUCCCCGGCCAUGGCGAGCGCAAUAGAAUGUCACUCGCCUUACACUAGCCCUGCGGCACAUUGGAGUUCGCCUGGCGCCUCACCUUACCUCAAGCAGCCUGCUCUGACGCCAAGCAGUAACCCCGCAGCCUCUGCUGGCCUGCACCCCAGCAUGUCCUCCUACUCGCUGGAGCAGAGCUACUUGCACCAGAACGCCCGCGAGGAUCUCUCAGUGGGACUGCCUCGUUAUCAGCAUCACUCCACUCCAGUGUGUGACAGAAAAGAUUUCGUCCUCAAUUUCAACGGCAUUUCUUCUUUCCACCCCUCCGCUAGUGGCUCUUAUUAUCACCAUCACCACCAGAGCGUGUGCCAAGAUAUUAAGCCCUGUGUUAUGUGAAUGGACAGAGCCCUUGAAGGCUGCUCUCCCUCUUCGGCCUUUCCUCCUCUCCCCUCCGAGAGGGGCAGCUAGGAACUACGACAGACUCACAUACUGUGCACGCGGAUAGCAGUAAGUAGCACGCCCGUCACUUAGACAAAUGCCCAGGGGAGCCCUGCUCGCCAGAUAUUUGCCCACCCGUGGAAGAGGAGACUGUUGGCAAGGCAAUACCCGGAGGAGGGACAGAGAGAGGAGCUGACAGUAAAACGUUACUACUUGUAAGACAUAAACUUUCAGUUCUGGGUGGUCAUUGCGUUCACUGAUGGGGUCUGAAAAGGGGUGUGUGUGUACGUGUGUGUGUGUGUGUGUGUGUGUGUGUGUGUGUGUGUGUGCUUUUCAAACAGGCAGUGCUAAAAGCACAGUAUUUCAAGAAAGCCUUGUUUAGUUACCUGGCCCAGUAGGAGAUUUUGCCCACCCCCACCCCCACCACUCCCUUCGGAUACAGGUGCCAAAGAACGUGGUGAAGAAA